AUGGAAAGAGAAAGGGAAAGGGAAAGGACGCGAUUUUUCAAAAAAUAUUUCUUACAUAAAUCUCUAGCUUUUCACAUCAAUAGUGCUUUUUUUAUCUCACUUAUACGGGCUUUCUUAAUUUAUAUUAUUUGGGCAUUUUAUAAUCUGGCUUUCUUAAUUUUUCUUGUUAUCUGGGCUUUCUAUAAUUUAUUUUCAUGAUCUGGGCUUAUAUAAUUUAUUUUCCGAAUAUUAGGGCCUCCAUUAACUUUCUUUAAUGGGAUUUACUUAUAUUUAAAUCUAUUUCAUUAAAUUAUUAGCCCUUUCUUUAAUUAGCCCAUUUAAUUUAGCCCAAUUAUUUUUUAGCCCUUAAUUUAUUUAUCUAGCCCUUAAUUUAUAUAGCGCUUUUAUUUUAUGCCCUUUAUUUUAUUUGCCCUUAUUUUUUAAAUUAAGCCCAUUAUUUAUUUUAACCUCCGGAGGACAUUCUUACUUGCCGAAGCAACCGCGCGGGGAGUUAGCCUAUCGCAUUCCACC